CUGUAUCACUUCAGACGCUCAGGCAGAAUUAAAAAUGCGCUCCUCCGCCCUGUCACCGGAGCGCGCAUUUUUCUGUCAAGCCGUUGCUCCCUCAGCAUGGUGCUCGGACUCGGAGGCGCAGCAUCCUCUCCGCGCAUCACCCUAAAACUCUGCCGGACGCCCAAUUAGACAGCAGACCACGCACAACACCUGUUCCAAACCCUGGCAAAGAAGAUGCAGGACGAGAGAUGUUCUCAGCGGGCCGCUCAGCGGGCCUUCAGCAUCCUGGACCGUCUGCUGCUAACUCAUCCUGUAUGGCUGCAGCUGUCCCUAAACCGAGACUCCGCCCUCUACAUACUGCUCAGAGAACCUGUUGGGACUUUUCUAGUGCGCAAAUGCAGUUCCAGCCAGAGGAAAGUGCUGUGUUUGAGAGUGACAGCCGAGAGAAGUGCCUCCUCCGUUCAGGAGUGCUUCAUCAGCGAGGAGGACUCCACAUUUGCUUUGGAGAGCUCAGCUCUCAGCUUCCCUGACUUGUGUCGCCUGGUGGCCUUCUACUGCAUCAGCAGGGACACGUUACCCUUUCCUCUGCAGCUACCAGAUGCCAUUGCUAAAGCCACCACACACAGGCAGCUGGAAGCCAUCUCACACAUGGGACAAGACUUCUGGAGUUCGCCAAAUGCUUCAGAUAUUCAGAACGGGCCGGCAGGACCAACUGCAAUAAACAGCGGGAGUCAAGCUCAAAUGGGGAGGAUUCUAGAGCAGUGUUCUCUGUGGAAUCAAGGCACUCAAGGCAAAGUUUGCUUCAUCAAUCCACUCUUUCUUCAGCUGGAGGUUAUCUCGCAGCCACAACCCACAAACCACAGUGCCUCCAAUAAACGGCAUCGCUUUAAGCGCAGUAUGAGGCUCCGGCUCUCUGAGUCCUCCAUGAAUUUGUCUCUUGAAGGAGUCGGCUCCUACUCACCUUCGCUGUCUGUGGAGCAACCGGAAGGAUCUGAGGGACAGCACAAGGCCAGCACUAACUCACAAAGGAGAGUUCAUGCAGGUGCUGGGGUCUUGAGAAGAACCCCUGCUGUGUCACCUGGGUCUGCAGAGGAAGAGGACGUGAUGUCUGUCUAUGUGCCACAAACAUCUGGCAACACUCAAGAGGCGUCAAAAUCCCAGCAUGAGCCAGGUAUCGAAGUGGCAGUUCAAGCUUUAGAGAAUCGUCCAGUUCCAUCACUGGCUGAACUUGACAGCAGCAGCUCUUUCAGCAGUAUAGAGGAGGAUAAUGACUCCGACUCGGAUCCAGAAAGCACGGUCCAAACUCAAGCAUAUAGCUACCAGCGUCCACCUCUUGUCCGCUCUCGAGGCCGUGGUGGCCUGCACCGUAUGAGUGAGGCCUUUGUAUGUUUCUUUGCCCCAGACAAGAGGGUGUCUCGUCUGGUGGAGGAGCUGUCCAGAGACAUGCGCUCAGUGUUUGGAAGUAUGGUCCAGGAUUUCAUUUUAGAGCAGAAGGAAGUGCUGAAAUCGGUGACCUCCGCUUCUUCGUCUCCAUGUGUCACAGCCGUGCAGCUUCUUCAGGGUCUGCGUCUCUUUCUGUCACACGCAAAGUGCUGCCUGCUGGACAGUGGAGAGCUGGAGCCUCCCAUUGAAACCUUGGUGCCAGAGAAUGAGAAAGAUUUGGCGUUGGAAAGGGCCAUGUUCUCUAGCGUGCUCCGGCCUCUGAGGUCCAAGCUUGAAAAGGCAUUGAUUGCUUUGCACAACCAAGACGGUUCCAUUAAACGCCUCACCCAGAACCUGGUGCACUUGAAAGGGGACGCGACCAUAGAGCAACUUGGAGUACGGAUGGGGGUCCCAGACAGUCGCGAGGUGGAGAGGGUGAAACGCAAAAUGAUCCUGAUGCAGCGGACACAUUCACCCAUUGACAAGGUGCUGCUGCUGCUGCAAAUGUGCAAGUGUGUCCACAAGGCCAUGGGUUCCUUACAUGGACAGGAAGUGAGCUGGGAAGACUUCCUGCCAUCUUUAUCUUAUGUGCUUGUGGAAUGUAACAGGCCUCACAUUCUGAUAGAAGUGGAGUACAUGAUGGAGCUCCUGGAGCCCUCCUGGCUUUGUGGAGAAGGUGGGUACUACCUGACCAGCGUGUAUGCCAGCCUCUGUCUGAUUCAAGGCAUGGAGCAGGACAAGCCUUUCUCCGACUGCCUGACACCACAGCUCCAGGAAGCACUGAAGGAGUGGAGCCGCAGGCGGAGCCAGGAGGCCCAAAGACAAAAGGAGAAUCAGCGAAACCAAAGGUGCGUUCGGAUACUGUUCCAGGACGGGGAGCGGAGUGCUGUGCGGACGUUGCAGUGGAGAGCCGGGGAGACCUGCCAGGCGCUGGCGCAGCUCUGUGCCUCCACAUUCGGAGUGUCAGACCCACAGCAAUACACUCUGUACUGGCGGAGCGGAGGCGAGAUGAGGGCCUUGCCGCCUCAGGCCCAACCCCAGGACCUGGCCAGCCACAGUGAGGGGGGCCCCUCACUCUCCUACCUGAGGACCGAUCACGACUUCAGCAAGAUGCGGCGGCUCACCAGAGGUGGCGCUGUGGACCUGAGCGAGUCGGUGUGUGAGGAGUGAGUGGGAGGCAUGGAGGCAAGAGGGAGGAGGAGAUAGAUGGUUGCUUUUUUUCUGUCUCUUUCUCCCAAUUUUAAGUUGUUUUUCAUCGUGAAUUGAGACUCGUCGUGCAGAACCACAGUUCUUCUACAGAAAGACUCUAAAUGGCGACCUUUUACUUAAAGGGACUGACGUGAGGGCAUGACCCACACAGAGACUGUUGCCAAAAGUUGUACCCACUCAGUGUGGCUGAUAGUGUAAAGGAGUGUGCUGUUUGUGACAUGGAAAAAAGUGUAAUAAGUGGAUUUGACUGUAUUUUGAAAACCCAGAGUUACACCAAGAAAGGAUGACAUCAUUGAAUCAUAAGGAGGCUGAAACCCAAAGACAAAUAUUGUGAGGCUACUGUUGCCUGGAAACAAAAUCACUUCCUGUAUGCAGACACACAAAGGCAAAUUGUCCACGUGGUGAUGUAACCCUUUCACAGUGUAGUUCUGGGCAAAAUCUAUAAUGUUUUGAUUAUAUUUAAGUAUAUGCUGGAAUAAAGAUAAAGGGUGAGAAUUAUUAAAUCGAAGACCAAGACUCCAUACCAAAGUGACGGAAAUGUCAAAGACAAAGCUAAUUUGUGGGAAAACAGCCAUUCACUUGCUCAAAAAAAUUGUUUCCAGUGGGCUUUAAAUCAGAAAUGAUGCAGCUUCCCUGCAUAAAAAGUGGUUUUGGCUGUAAGGAAAAUAAAAAUAAAAGUGGGAGAUUGAGGACUAAUCCCAUCAUUCCUCCCAUAGUGCAUCUUACAACAGAUUUACUAACUUGCAAAUGUUUAUUUCCCUUUUAUAUGAGCUAAACCAUUUAGAAAUCACACUUGAUCUAUGUUUUCAUUUCCCCCUUUUAAGUUCUGUUGUUAUUCUUGACCAAGCGGUCCUGAGACGACUGUCUGACAUAUAAGAAGAGACUGGUUGAAUGUAAAAGUCCAUGUCACCAGCUUCUGGUGACUACUGCUGCAAGUCAUCACGAUCAACUGACUGUUCCAAACGGUGUCAUUACGUAAUAUCAGAUUGUGUAUUAAAAAACAGCCUUUAAUUGUUCAGUUUGUUGAGUAAAUAUUAAACCUAAAUAUGGAUUUUCAACACAUUUAGUGUUUUGGUUUUGCUAAAGAGGUUUGCUCUGACGUGUUUUCAACAUUAAUGCAUGCUUUUUCAUUUAAUGUGAACGUUCUCCGGAUGUCGUGUUUGGGCACAUGUGUGUGUGUGAGUAUGACUGUAUGAAAGGUCACACUUUCUUUUCAAUGUACGAUUGUAUUUUGUCAGGUAACUCAGUAUCGCAAUAAAAAUUGCAAUAUGUUUCCAGACUUGGUACAUCAGUGUUUAACAGGGGGCUGAGGUGGGAAUUAAAAAAUUAUACUUAACUUCAGUUACUUUGAAAAAAAUGUGUCUCAAAAUAUUUUUACUGCACCAUAAUUUCUAUAUUUACUUGCAAAUAUUUAUGAUAAAAAAACAGUUUUUACCUCAAUGGUCUGUAUUUAUUUAGUUACUUUUUUUAUUUGUAGUUUGGAUUUGUGAUGCAUCUGCUCAAAAUCUACAUCAGCAGAUAAAUGCAAUUAUGAGUCAGUAAAAUGUUUGCCAAAAAUACCUCUUUGUAAUGUGGUUCAGCUUUGUUUGUUUUUUAGCCAUGGUGAACAAAUUGGCAUGUUGUGUGUAAUGUUGCUUAGAAAAAGUCAGAAAUGUUUGGUGGGCCGUAUCAUUUAUAACAUAGAAAAUAUUAGAUUUUGUAAAUGUUCAUCAAUAAAGAAAAUAAAUUUUAAAUGA